AUGGGUGCUCUCGUAUCCACCGCAAAGCUCUUCUUCUACGCCACACUUCAACUCCGCAAGACAUUUGAAGUGCUCAAAAAGCGAAUAGAGACAUCCCCAGGUCUCCCCGUUCAUAACCCCACCCUCCCCCUUUGGACCGUUCCUGCUGCUCAGAUCCCACAGGAGGAUCAUGGAGAGCUUCCCGAGUAUGCCGACAUAGUCAUCGUCGGAUCUGGCAUCACUGGAACGUCGUUCGCCUACAAUGCCUUGACAUCUCCUGGGCUCAAGGUCGUCAUGCUCGAAGCGCGCGCCGUCUGCUCGGGAGCUACUGGCAGGAAUGGCGGGCAUAUCAACCCGCCGCUCUAUCAUGACUACAUGGAUUUGAAAAAGAAACACGGCGAGCACGUCGCCAAGGUCAUGGUCGCCUUCCGGCGAUCCCAUAUCACUGAGAUGCAGCGAAUUGCAUCUGAGGAGGACAUCCAAAAGCAGUCUCAAGUCCGCGAGACGGAGCAUCUUGACGUCUAUACCUGUCCGACGGUUUUCGCCGAGGCAGUGGAGAACCUGGCGAAAUGGAAGGCGGAGAUGCCUCUCGAGUCGAGCUCCUUCGUCGUCCACGAAAGGGAGGAGGCGAUCAAGAAAUAUCACCUUUCUGAUGACGUUGUCGGCUGCAUCUCUAACACGGGAGGUGCAAUGCACCCCUACCGUUUUGUGACAUCCCUCCUUUCUAUUCUGUUGGACCGUCACCCCAACAACUUCCGCAUCUUCUCCCACACACCCUGCACAGCAGUCACCACAGAUGCCUCUUCGUCUUCCUACGUAAUCCACACGUCGCGCGGCACCCUGCGCGCAAAGCACGUAGUCCACGCGACAAACGGCUGGACCGCGCAUCUAGUGCGGCCCCUCCUCACGAAGAUCGCUCCCGCACGCGGCAACAUGUCCGCCCAGCGCCCGGGCACCGCGCUGCACCGCUCGACGCUCUCGGGCUUCCGCUCGUUCGUGUUCUACCGCGAAGGCGUCGGCUACGACUACCUCACGCAGCUCCCCUCGGGCGAGCACGAGCUCAUGUUCGGCGGAGGGUGGGCCACGGCCUGUGACGCGAAUGGCCUGCCUGAGAUUGGCAUCGCGGACGACAGCGUCGUCAAUCAUGUCAACCAGAGCUACCUCGCUGGGGCCCUCCCGCGAUAUUUCGGGACGCGCAAUUGGGGGCGAGAUGCGUCCCCCGCACCAGAGGAGGGUGAGAUAUGGGGUGAGGAGAGGACGAAGGCAGAGUGGAGCGGGAUUUUGGGGAUCUCGGCGGACAUGCUGCCGUGGGUUGGGAGGUUGCCGGAGAAGGUGUCCGGGCGCGCGCAGCCGAAGACAUUACAGGAGAGGGAUAAGAGUGUGCGGACGGCCGCGCCGGGAGAGUGGGUCGCUGCGGGGUACACAGGAGAAGGGAUGGUGCAUGCAUGGAUGAGCGGCAAGGCGCUCGCAUACAUGGUCCUGGACCGGGAUGAGGAAACCAGGGAGUGGUUCCCCGAUGUGCUUAGGGUCACUGAGAAGAGGUGGAAGGAGGCCAAAAUCGAGGACCUCUUUGCUCGGUUCAUGUCGUAG